AUGACAGCUCUGAACACCCCGCCUCCGGGCUCCGGCUCCGGCUCCGGGCCGGGGCUAUCCGCAACGUUCUCAACUCCGGGUCUUCCACCGGAUUAUCGCGAUGCGCUUGAGCUUGGUCUACAAGGAUAUGUGGCACCCGGUAUCGAAGAGGCUUACCAUAUCCAUGCUAUACACAAUAGCGCUACUAUCGCGACACCAGCAGCCCUUGGUCAAUUUGGUAUACUUGCACCGAUAGCAGUGUCGGUGCCUGUUGUGGAAACACCAGCCGAUAGGAUAUUCAGUGUGCAGAACAAUGCUCACACACAGGAGAUUAGAAGAUCAGGUGGCCACUUGAGCAGUAAGAUUAUUGUUGAUCCCCCAGAUCUGGAGAUGUGGCGGAAUAAGCUAUUCAACGUGGACGAGACGAUUGUUCUUACACAUGAAGAGUUCGAGACAUAUUUUCCUCAUGUAGACAAUGUCUACUCCCAUCGUUCGACCCAGCGUUAUAAGCGCAAGCCUUUCAUCUCACACUACUGGGACUGUCGUAUGAAAGGCCGCCCUCCGGGAACCCCCAAAUCUGAUGACCCUAACAAGAAGAAACGGAAGAGAAAUGUUCGCCAGCGCGAUUUAUGUGAUGUCAAGAUAAAAAUUACAGAGUACUUCCCGGGGGCUCGACUGGACCUUGAUAACAGCAGUGGUCUUGACGCAUGUCUGGCAGGGCAGCGAUUGUGGACGAUACAGAGAGUCAAUGGCAAUGGAGGUAAUGGAAAGGGAGACGGUGUAGCUGGGCCACAUAGGCAUACGCUUGAGAGGAGUGACGAGAUAAAGAAGAAUAGUGUGCAGAGGUAUUUGGCAAACAAAGGGGGCGCGAAAUGGGACAAGGAGAAGGCCCAGGUAAGCCAUAUCCAUGAUGCCAAUUCUGAAGAAAAGGAGUUUAUAAUACGGAGAAUUCUUAAAAAGGCCCUUCUGAAAGCCACAGGAGCUGCACUACUCACAGCUAGAAAACACGCGAAGGAGAGCGAAUUCAAGCUCUACGCAGUAUGUUUCUGCCCAUUCUCUCAACGUAUUUGGAUCGCUCUGGAAGCAAAAGGCAUGCCCUACCAGUACUGCGAAACAGAUGCCUUCCGUCACCCAACCCAGCCCCUCCUGGCUAACCUUCAUGGCGAUGUGCCCGCCAUAGUACAUAGCGGCUGGUCAUGUUCGAAUAGUGCUGUCAUACUAGAAUAUCUUGAAGAUCUCGGUCAAGGAACACCGAUGCUUCCGGUAGAUUCAAGAUUAAAAGCCAAUUGCCGUUUCUGGAUUGACCAUAUCAACCGUCAUAUCGUCCCAAACUUCUUCAAACUCCUCCAACAUCAAGACCCAGCUCUUGGAGAUGAAGCAGGGAUUAGUUUACAGGGCAGUAUAGAUACUCUUGUCAAAGCUGCAGACAAAAAGGUAGUUGAUCCUGAGCUCUGGGGUCCGUUUUUUCUCGGACGAAGCAUGUCUCUGGUCGAUAUACAUCUAGCACCUUUUGCUCUUCGAUUCUCUAGAACCCUGGCCCCAGCGAGUAUACCGUCUUCCCCACCUGGAUCGCGCUGGGCGCGAUGGCUGGAUGCCAUCGAGGGAGAUAAGAGCGUGCGAGCCACAACAAGCAACCACAUGCUAUACAGUGAGACAUUAGAUGCCUUGAUGGAACAAUAUGGGCGCCAUCAAGUUGAAGCCCCUAACAAUGCCUGA